ACGCAAUAGCAACAACAGGCGAGGACAUUUUACCCGCCGGAUGAUUUUUAUUUCGAGCUCCAUUUUGAAAAGAAAUAUUUUUUUGGGUGGGGUGGAACGAACUUCCGGGCCUCGGGUUUACCCGGGGCGGGAGGAAGCUUCCGGCCUGGACGCACUUGGCGGUCAAAGUGUCCGUCCCUUUGGAAGGGUCCGGGUGGAUUCUUUCUGAUGGCAUCGCCUCCUCCUCCUCCUCCUGCUGCUGCCGCCGCCGCCCUGAAGGACUGCUGGAGCUGCCGCCUGGUGUGCGGGGCCGGCCUGCUGGGGGCAGGCGGUUACGUCUUCGCCUCGGCCAGGAGGGUGAUCAAGAAACAGGGGGCGCCCCCUGGCAUGGGCACCGUGGCCCAAAUCGUCUUCGCCCUGGGUUUGGCUUCCUGGGGUGUGGUGAUCUUAGUCGACCCAGUUAACAAAGCACAGCCAAAGUAGUCAGGACUCUGCAUUGAUCACCAGCCAAAACCACACAGGGCAGGAAAGAGCUGUUCCUCCCCUCACCCCCGAAGCUUCGACGUGAGUGCUAACUGUCAGGACACUGCCGGGAGUGCCCAAACAAUGAAGAUCUGUUCUGCGGGCAGGGGGGGGGUGGGGGGGAAGUGAAAGUGAAUCUUAUCGCCCUGUGGAGGGAAUCCAUUCUAAAGCAGCUUCUCAGCACCGAGUCCCAGUGUCCAGGGAAUAUAAGAAUGAAUAGUUUUGCACUGAAUUGUUGUGAACUUUUGUCUGCAAGUGAGUUUAAUCAGUGUUUGUGUGAUUUGAUCAGAUUUUCCUCGCUGUAACCUGUAAAUUACUGAACCAAUUAAAAAGUCAGAGCGACUCUGGGAACCCU